AUGCGAUGGUUCGCUUCUUACCUCCCUGGUAGAACCCAGGCCACCAAAAUCGGGGAUAUCUGCUCCUCAGCCCUCCCCAUUACCAGUGGAGUUAUUCAGGGUAGUCUUCAACCCUCGUCCGCAGUUGCCCAAACGCCCAUUAGAGCUGUUAUUCAUUCAAACUGGCUGGUGCCCGGUCUAUACUCACACGGUCCUUCAAUGAAAGGGAAAUUAUCCGUGAGCCUACACCUGCAUGACUCCCUGUGUCAAUCUCCGUCUCAUCACGGAACUACGUAUCCCUUCUCAGACCCUUGA